GUCACCCCAAUAGUCAUGUCCACAACAUUUAAACAAUUGCAGCCGCAUGAAACAUCAGGUUAUUUAUAUGGUAGAGUAGAUAAUCCAACACGAGGUGUUUUAGAAGAAGUUUUAGCUAACCUGGAUGGUGGAAAACACGCAAUGUGCUUUGCGAGUGGUCUUGGAGCCAUCACGUCCGUAAUAUCAAUGAUGAAUGUGGGAGAUCAUUUACUGUCAACAGAUGAUCUUUAUGGAGGCACCAAUAAGUUCUUUCUAAAAGUUGCCAAACGUAUGAUGGGUAUCGAAGUUGAUUUUGUGGAUGCAACGGAUCCAGAAAAUGUUCGCAAAGGUAUAAAGAAGAAUACAAAGAUUGUUUAUAUCGAAUCACCAACAAACCCUUUGAUGAAAGUAAUCGAUAUUCAAGCUGUCUCGUGCAUUGCUCAUCAGCAUCCUAAUAUUAUAGUGGUAGUGGACAAUACUUUCUUGUCAUCAUAUUUACAACGACCUAUAGAAUUGGGAGCUGAUAUGGUACUGUACUCUCUCACAAAAUACAUGAAUGGUCAUACUGAUGUCACCAUGGGAGCUGUGGUCACUACUAGCGAUGAACUACACACAAAAUUGAGGGACCUGCAAAUUGGUAUGGGAAUUGUACCAUCGCCUUUCGAUUGUUCUCAAGUCCUACGAUCUUUAAAAACCUUAUCCAUGCGGAUGGAGAAACACUUUAAAAGUGGAAUCGCUGUUGGAAAAUUUUUGGAAGAACAUAAGAAAGUUGAAAAAGUAUUACAUCCCGCUUUACCAUCUCAUCCACAACAUGAGGUUGCAUUAAGACAAUGCUACGGGCACAGCGGAAUGGUAUCAUUCUAUAUAAAAGGAGACGUCGAAAAUUCAAAGAAAUUCUUAUCGGGUCUGAAACUUUUUACUAUUGCUGUAUCCUUAGGUGGAUAUGAAAGUUUGGCAGAAAUACCCGCAAUGAUGACUCACGCGAAUGUGUCUCCCGAACAACGUGCCCAGUUAGGCAUUACAGAUACCCUUAUUCGUUUAUCUGUUGGAUUAGAAGACAUUUUUGAUAUAAUACAGGAUUUGGACCAAGCUUUGCAACUAGCUUUUGACAACUCUUAAAUUAUGAGUACAAUAUGCAUAAAGCACUUAUGA